AUGGGCAGCAAGUCGAUGAUCCAGUGGCCGAAGCAAAUCACGCCGUCUCUCGUCGAGACCCUAAUCCGCUCGGAGAAAGACCUCGACAAAGCGAUCUCCAUAUUCGACGCCGCCACAUCGGAGUACCCCAACGGCUUCCGCCACGACCCGACCACGUUCGGUCUGAUAAUCCAGCGCCUCCUCAGCGCGAACAAGUUCUUUCCGGCAGAAGACAUGCUUCUCCGGAUGAGGCGGGAGAACUGCGACAUAUCCGAGGACGUGUUCCUCUCCAUCUACAGGGCCUACGCCAGGGUUCACAAGCCGCUCGAGGUUGUCAGGCUUUUCCGGGAGAUGAAGGAUUACGGCUGCCAGCCCUCUCCGAGAGCCUAUGACGAGGUAUUCAACAUCCUCGUGAACGAGAGCCAUCUGAAAAUGGCAUUUCGAUUCUACCGUAACAUGAGGGAGAAGGGUAUCCCUGCCAGCGUGGCCUCCCUCAACAUUUUGAUUAAAGCCCUCUGCAAAAGCAAUGGAACUAUGGAGUCAGCUUUCAAGAUUUUCCGGGAGAUGCCAGCUCGAGGGCACAUUCCAGAUUCGUAUACUUACGGGACUCUGAUAAACGGGCUUUGCCGGGCUGGGAGGACCCUUGAGGCGAAAGAGCUUAUGAUUGAAAUGGAGGAAAAAGGCUGUUCGCCUUCAGUCGUCACCUACAGUUGCCUCAUACACGGCCUUUGCAAGCUUAAUAAACUCGAGGAUGCUCUAAAGUUGUUUAAGGAGAUGAAGAUAAAGGGCAUAGAGCCUAACGUGUACACGUAUAGCUCUAUUAUCGACGGUCUCUGCAAGAACGGCCAUUCUUCUCAGGCCAUUGAGUUGAUGGAGAGGAUGACGCGUAAGUCUUUGUCCCCAAAUUCGAUUACUUACAGUUCCUUAAUUCACGGUUUGUGCAUUGAGGGUAAAGUUCUUGACGCCGUUCGGAUUCUUGAUCGAAUGAAACUCCAGGACUUGAAACCCGACGCUGGCCUGUACUCGAAAGUGAUAAACGCGUUUUGCGAUGUGUGGAAAUUCCAAGAGGCAGCAAAUUUUCUAGACGAGAUGGUUCUUUCGGGAAUAACUCCAAAUAGGGUGACGUGGGGUCUUCAUGUUCGGGUUCAUAAUAGGGUCGUUCAAGGUCUUUGUGCUGAGGGUCAUGGUAAUCGAGCCUUUCAGCUUUACUUGGGCAUGCGUAGCAGGGGAAUAUCGGUUGAGUCGAGAACUUAUGAAUCUCUCGUUCACUGGUUUUGCAAGAGGGAUUUGCACAAAGCUGCUCGGGUUAUGGAGGAGAUGAUGGUUGAUGGCUGUAUUCCGGAUAAGGAGACGUGGAGUGUGAUUCUUGGCGGAUUGUGGGAUAGGAAGAAAGUGCGUGAAGCUGCUGGAGUUUUGAAAACAUAUGCAAGCUCAAGCUGGACCAUUUUGAUUAGGUUACUGCAGAGAGGCCUUAAAGAAGAAUUCCGAAAUUGGGAAGAAAGUGCUUCUUCACAAGAGAAGCCAAAGAGUCUAUGGGAGGAGUUGGCGGAAAUUGAGGAAGAAUUCAUAGAGUUCCUUGAGAAAGAGCUCAACAUAAAGGAUAUACCAAAAAAACCUUUCACCAGUCCUUCAGAGGAGAAAACAGAAUGCAGGCUGGCAAAAGUAGCAGCCUGGAGGAGAAUAUUGACGAAAUAG